AACGGCGUGGUUGAGAUUUUAGUUUACGGGUCCCUCCGCGUUUUCAGUUGGUUUGAGUUUAUACAACUAUUGGUAGCUAGUACGCAGGUUGCAGUUUUUUUUUAAUAAGUUAUUCGGCUUGGCCCCGAUUCUCCGUCCAUAACCCCCGCACGAUUGGCGGCAACAAUUAUCUACUAAGUUGUAGCUGCAGGCCAGUGUGUGAUCUGAUUUGUGGUUUUUAUUAUUAUUUUGGCGUCUCACCGCGAUCUCCCAAUACAAUAAAUCGAGGGGGCAGUGAGCGUGAAACCUGAUUUUUCGACUUGAAGUGCGAUGUACCUCUACUAGGAUUUAUUGGUGCUUGCGAGAAAAAAAAUAGAUUUCAACCAUACGUGGAAUUUGCGGUUGUUUAUUUCGUUUCAACCUGUUAUUGUUGUUCUGUUAGCUCUGGAAGAAGAAGCAGAAUCCCGUCUCGGUUGCGGGUAAUUGAUGCUGGUGAAUGCAAACCGUGAAGAGUGGUUUGCUUUUGCGGCUUUACUUCCGCCUGUCGUCGGUCCAGAAUUGUUUGGUGAAGAGGAAGACGGGAAAAGUCAGUGAACUAAGCUAGAAGUCGCAGCUCUCCUCGGUUAGUCAUUUUGGUGGCAUUGUUUCCUUUCAAGGAUGCGCAGCUAGCUGGACGGCGACAAGUGCAAAAACGCGAAAUUUAGUUGUACCGAACUUUGUCGGUUGUGAACGCCAAUUGUAUUUACCGAAUAUCCGUCCCCAAAACGGCAAAAGUGACAAAAUGUGCGAAUUAAUCAGCUCACCUACCACGUUCGGCGGCAGUAAGGUACUGUCUAUGAGCACAGAUGACUACCGAAAGGCGACACUGUUUGCGAGCGGUUCCUUCGAUCAGGAGUUCCAGAUUCCGGAUCUGAUCGGUCAGACGGAGAUCCUUAGCGAGGAGCAUCGUGAAAAACUUUGCGGCCACCUGCCAGCCCGGGCCGAGGGUUACUCGUGGUCCCUGGUGUUCAGCACCUCCUUGCAUGGUUUCUCUCUCAACUCCCUGUACCGCAAGAUGCAGAAGCUGGAAAGUCCCAUCCUGAUAGUGAUAGAAGAUACCGAUCACAAUGUUUUCGGUGCCCUCACCUCCUGUUCGCUGCACGUGUCGGACCAUUUCUACGGCACCGGCGAGUCGCUGCUGUACAAGUUCAACCCGCACUUCAAGGUGUUCCACUGGAGCGGCGAGAACCUGUACUUCAUCAAGGGCAAUCCGGAGAGUUUGGCGAUAGGCGCCGGAGAGUGAGUAUAGUUUUAGGUUUACUUGAAAACGGGAUAGUCUGGUUGCGUGAUAGUUCUAUAAGUUGUAAUCGACUCAAAAACCAAUCUGGGGUUAAUAGUAGAGUUUUAAAUUUUCAUGUACUUCAACUGGGGAAUUUCAAGGCAUUCCAAGGCACGGCGAGCCACCGCGUCCCCCCAGUUUGCUACUCUGGGUCCAUGGGUACAAUGGGAAAACUCAUGAUAUACUUCUCCGUGUAUACUCCCCAAACUCCACCUAGGGUCGCAGACCUGGUUCUCACCUCGAACUAUUUAACACACUAUUCUUCAAUAGUGGGAGGUCUGUUCGCGCUAGUGCGGUUCAAGGCAAUACUCAUUGACGAGACCACUUUCAGCAAAACCUCUCAUCCUCAUGACUCGACGUUCGAAUUCUCCUCAAGCGACUUGAGAACCGACAUCUCCUCGCAAUAACUCGAGAUUCCCACACAAACCUCUCCUCUUCACGACUCGAGGCCUGAUCUCUCCUCAAAAGGCUCGAAAUCCGACCCCUCCUCGCAUCGGCUAGAGGUUGACCUCUCCUCUGCACGAUUCAAUGCCCGAUCUCUCCUCUAGCGACUCGAGAUCUGACCUCUCCUCUUAAUGACUCGAGGUGACCACUUAUACCCCUCCUCUUGUUGACUAAGGGCCUGAUCCCUCUUUUUACGAAUCGAGACCCGACGCCUUUUCAUAAAGACUCGGGGUUGACCACACAAACCUUUCCUCUUCAAGAUUCGAGGCCUGACGUCUGCUCUAAGGACUCGAAGCCCGACCUCUUAUCCCCAGGAUUCGAGGUUUACCACCUUGCCCGUCGUGUGCCAAUCGAGAGCAGCUUAUCCUAGACUCGCGCCUGUCGCAGCACACGCGCGUUACUUAACACAACGACUCGGAUGAUUCCCGACAAAUACGUCAUCCACUCCGACUCGAAUGGCUCACCCGGCGUCGAGUGUCACUCUACCUGUGGGUAUUAUCCGAUUGUGAAAUAACUCUUUCCCAACGAUUUCCACUGCGAAGAAGCUCAAGUCUUAUCCCCGCAGCUUUAGUCGUUGGGAUCCUACGCAUGAACGUGGCACAUAAGGCAAGAUGUUGCCUUAUCUUUGUAGCUUCAAACCGUACUCGACAGCUCCCCUUCGGGUCAGUCUACUCCAACCGUUAUCCGGUCUUCUUGAUCCCCUUGGCUGGUAACCCUAGGAUUUUCGGCCCGCGGCUUUUUCUGCCCGUCGUGUGCCAGAUCGAGAGCAGCUUGUCCUGGACUCGCACCUGUCACGACACACGUUCGGGACUUUGAACGCUACGACUCGGAUGUUUCCCGACGGUGACGACAUCCUACUCCGACUCGAGAGGCUCGUCCGGCAUCGAGAGCCUCUCUACCCAUGGGUAUUCCCCGACAGUGGUUAACCCUCUUCCUGCGAGAUCCACUACGAGGAAGGUAAAGUCUUAUCCCCGCAGUUUCUCCCUUAUAAAGCGACACUACUCGGAUACCCCCUGACAUUAGGAUACCCUACACACGUUCGAGGCGCACCCCUGAUCUCCGCUAUCCAGAAGUUUAUGCCUUAUCUUUGUUGCUUUGAUCAAGGGAUCGGACGCACACUACUAAGAUGCUCCCCGCCGAUGGAGUCAA